GACGACAGAGUGGGAAGAAGAGGAAAAGAAGGAAGAAGAAGAAGAAGAGGGGGAAAAGCAGGAGGAAGAGGCGCAGAGGGGGCAGAGACCGACAGACCGAAAGACCGAGAGAUGGCCACCGGAGGGAUCACCACACUCCCGGCCGCUCCGGACGCCGAAAACAGCAGCUUUCCCGCGGGCAGCUUCAGGGAUCCCAAGCGCCUGUACUGCAAAAACGGAGGAUUCUUCCUGCGGAUCAACGCGGACGGACGAGUGGACGGAGCCCGAGACAAGAGCGACCCGCACAUUCGUCUGCAGCUCCAGGCGACGGCGGUGGGUGAAGUGCUCAUUAAAGGCAUCUGUACCAACCGUUUCCUGGCCAUGAACGCAGACGGACGACUCUUCGGGACGAAAAGGACCACAGAUGAAUGUUAUUUCCUGGAGCGCCUGGAGUCCAACAACUACAACACAUACAGAUCCCGCAAGUAUCCCGACUGGUACGUGGCUCUGAAGAGGACCGGCCAGUAUAAAAGCGGCUCUAAAACCAGCCCGGGACAGAAGGCAAUCCUAUUUCUGCCUAUGUCGGCUAAAUGCUGA